AACCCUGGUCUCCUGCAUUAGCAGGCAGAUUCUUUCCUCCUGAGCCACCGGGAAGCCCUAGUUCUGUCUUACAAGAUUCUGCUAACACACACAAAUCUUCAUCUCCAUCUCUAUAUAACCUUUCCUUUUUUUCUUUUUUAACGUUUCCUUUCGUAAGGCAAGAGAAACUUAAGCAGGACAUUCAGGAUUGGGGUUACCUGCGGGGCGGGGGCGUAGGAAUAGGCGAGGAGACCCAGGUGAGGUGCGAGUUACUCUUCAUGUUUUAGCUUUUGGGAUGGGUGGGGAACUUGCCUGGGUUCGCCAUGUUCAUUACACGACUGUGGGAGAAUACCAUCUCUAUAAACUGGUGUCGCCGUCACGGAUCUCACGUGUGGACUCACCCCUCUUCUCCCUCCGUUAUUUUCUCCCUACUCCCCGCAGAGAGGAGCGAGACCUUCCUGGAAGUGUGGGGGAACGCGUUGCUGCGCCCCCCGGUGGCCGCCUUCGUGCGCGCCCAGGCCUGCCGCCUGGCUCACCUGGUGCCGGAGCCCGACCGCCUGGCGGAGCAGCUGCCCUGGCUCAGCCUGGGCGCCCUCAAGGUGCCUCCGCGUGGCCUCCCACCGUCCCCGCCGGGGACCCGGGUGGCGGCCGGGCUGUCCAACAGGGUCUGCGUGGAUGGAGCGGCCUGAAGGCUCCCCGGCUCCCACCGGGCCAAAUGGCCCAGGGGGAGGCCUCUGCUCUCGCAGCCUCGGUCCCUUCAGCGGAGAGCUGCGAGAAUCGUUCCCCACGCCCCGCUGGGGAAGGGAGGGUCGGGGGGAGACGCCACGGUCCCUGCAGCCCCCUCUCCCUCGUUCUCCCCCACACCGGCCUGGCCGCGCAGUUCCGCGAACGCGACGCCCUGGAGGCCGUGUUCCGUUUCUGGGCCGGAGGGGAGAAGGGGCCGGAGGCUUUCCCCAUGAGCCGCCUGUGGGACUCGAGGCUGCGCCAGUACCUGGGCUCCCGGUACGAUGCGCGACACGGCGUCAGCGACUGGGACCUGCACAUGAAGCUUCACGACCGUGGGGCCCGAGUCAUCCAUACCCGCGAGUUCAGGCGCUGGAGGGACACGGGCGUUGCCUUUGAACUCAGAGACUCCAGCGCCUAUCACGUGCCCAACCGGACCCUGGCGUCCGGUCGCCUCCUGAGCCACGUGCGUGCGCCCUGGCUGCUGCUGAUUCUCGCGGCUGGGGAGCCCCAGAAUCCGAGUUCCCCAACAUUAUCCUCUCUCCCUGCUUUCCCAGCGCGGGGAGCGCGUGGCAGCGCGCGGGUAUUGGGGGGACAUCGCCACGGGGCCCUUCGUGGCCUUCGGCAUCGAAGCGGACGACGAGACCCUCCUGAGGACCAGCAACGGGCAGCCGGUCAAGGUUUGAGGCUGGAGGUGCUGGGGCCCGAGAAGACCGCAGGCGAGAUCACCGAGCACAACGUGGCGGAGCUCUUCCGAGAGAUGGCCGCCUGGGGGCACCCGAGAGCCGCCGAGGGGGACCCGGAGCAGGUGCAGGGCGGCGCCGAGGGAAGCCCGGAGCCCGCCCCUGCCCUGGAGCCCUUCACUGUCCACUUCCUGCCCCUUGAUUCUGCCCACACCCUCCACCACAAGAGCUGCUACAAGGGACAGUUCCAGCUCCUCUACGUGGCCUGUGGGAUGGUCCAUCUUCUCAGCCCAGAGCUGGGGGCCUGCGUGGCCCCCGGAGGACGCCUGAUUGUCGAAUUAGCCCAGUUCCUAGUGGACCUGCGGCAGGAGCAGCUGCAGGCGUUCUCCAGCCGGGUCGGGGAGCUAGCUCAAGCGGCUGGAUUCGCCCCACAGUUGGGGGGCAAGCCCUCGGACACCUUCGCGCGCUUCUACAAGGCCGGGGACUCAGCUCCCGGCCACGAGGACCAGGCUGUGGAAUCUGGGACUCCGCCCCCUGAAGUCCUGGCCCCGCCCCUUGAGGCAACCGGCUGGCCCUCUGAGAACCGGACCCAGCCCCUUGAACCGGGGACCCCACCCUCUGAACCCCUCAAACUGACCUCAGAGUCUCAGGCUUCACUCUUGGAGGCUUCAGUUCCGCCCACAGGGAGUCAGGCCCCCAAAUCAGAGAAUCAGAGUGUUCCUCCAGAGACCAAGUCCCCCAUCCCCGACCUCUAAACUCCGGUCAUAGAAGGAGAACGCGCCUCUAGAAUACUCUCAGCAGUCUCACUCGGCACCAGCGGUGUCGCUAGUAUUUCGGAUUCCAUUCCUGGGAUUCUAUAUUUAUUCCUAGAAUUCUAGACUGUUCUCUUGAGUUCUGCCUUUCACUCCCAGACUCUGAAAACAGCCUGGAGAUCUAGCCCUGGGGCUCUGCUCAGGCCCUCUGUGUGGUCCCCUCGUCUCCAGGCGUCCCAUUCCUAACUGGGGGCUGGGGUGUCGCCUCUCACAGGCUGGUCUACCCUCAGGUGGGCCAAAUAAAGAGAGCCAAGAAGUCUU